CCUCCUUCCUCCCCAAGUCCCAGAGCCCGACUUCCGUUCUCCUGCGUUCGCGCCCUUCUCAUUCGCUCUCUAAUUGGGUGAAAAUGCUGAGCCCGCCCUCUCCGGCUCCUCACUUCCGGGUCUUUUGCACUUUUCUCUCCCCUCCCUCCCCCUCCCUCCCUUCCCGCCCUGCCCCGCGGCCGGGCCGGGGGAGCGGUGUUCCCAGCAGUCUCCGCGGCCUCGCUCAGGCCCGUUCCACGCCGUAGCCGCCACCGCUCUUGUGGACGCCACCGGGCGUAGGGACCCGUACGCUGGUUCCCUGCGGUGAGAGUGAAACUCGACGUGCACGCCGCAGCCGCCACCGCUCUUGUGGCCGCCACCGGGCGUAGGGACCCGUACGCUGGUUCCCUGCGGUGAGGGUGAAACUCGACGUGCACGCCGCCGCGAAGAUGGAGGGGCCUUUAUCCGUGUUCGGAGACCGCAGCACCGGGGAGGCGAUCCGCUCCCAGAACGUUAUGGCAGCAGCUUCUAUUGCCAAUAUCGUAAAAAGUUCUCUUGGUCCAGUUGGCUUGGAUAAAAUGUUGGUGGAUGAUAUUGGUGAUGUAACCAUUACUAAUGAUGGUGCAACCAUCCUGAAGUUACUGGAGGUCGAACAUCCAGCAGCUAAAGUUCUUUGUGAGCUGGCUGAUCUGCAAGACAAAGAAGUGGGAGAUGGAACCACUUCCGUGGUUAUUAUUGCAGCAGAACUUCUUAAAAAUGCCGAUGAACUAGUCAAACAGAAGAUUCAUCCCACGUCAGUUAUUAGUGGCUAUCGACUUGCUUGCAAGGAAGCUGUGCGAUACAUCAGUGAAAAUCUAAUUAUUAACACAGAUGAACUCGGAAGAGAUUGCCUGAUCAAUGCUGCUAAGACAUCGAUGUCUUCCAAAAUCAUCGGAAUAAAUGGUGAUUUCUUCGCGAAUAUGGUAGUAGAUGCUGUGCUUGCAGUUAAAUACACAGACGUGAGGGGCCAGCCUCGCUAUCCUGUCAAUUCUGUUAAUAUCCUGAAAGCGCACGGGAGGAGUCAGACGGAGAGUCUGCUCAUCAGUGGCUACGCACUCAACUGUGUGGUGGGAUCGCAGGGCAUGCCCAAGAGAAUAGUGAACGCAAAGAUUGCUUGCCUUGACUUCAGCCUGCAGAAGACAAAAAUGAAGCUUGGUGUACAGGUGGUUAUUACAGACCCUGAAAAACUGGACCAGAUUAGACAGAGAGAAUCUGAUAUCACCAAGGAGCGGAUCCAGAAGAUCCUGGCAACUGGUGCCAACGUUAUUCUAACCACCGGUGGAAUUGACGACAUGUGUCUGAAGUAUUUUGUGGAGACAGGUGCUAUGGCAGUUCGAAGAGUUUUAAAAAGGGACCUGAAACGCAUCGCUAAAGCUUCUGGAGCGACUGUCUUGUCAACCCUGGCCAAUUUGGAAGGAGAAGAAACUUUCGAAGCUUCAAUGUUGGGACAAGCAGAAGAGGUGAUACAGGAGAGAAUUUGUGAUGACGAACUGAUCUUGAUCAAAAACACUAAGGCUCGUACGUCUGCAUCAGUUAUCUUACGUGGGGCGAAUGAUUUCAUGUGCGAUGAGAUGGAGCGCUCUUUACACGAUGCUCUCUGUGUGGUGAAGAGAGUGUUGGAGUCCAAAUCUGUGGUUCCUGGCGGAGGUGCUGUAGAAGCGGCGCUUUCCAUAUACCUGGAAAACUACGCAACCAGCAUGGGGUCUCGGGAGCAGCUUGCUAUUGCGGAGUUUGCAAGGUCUCUUCUUGUUAUUCCUAACACACUGGCCGUGAAUGCUGCCCAAGACUCCACAGAUCUGGUUGCAAAGUUAAGAGCUUUCCAUAAUGAGGCUCAAGUCAACCCAGAACGCAAAAAUCUAAAAUGGAUUGGUCUUGAUUUGGUCAAUGGUAAACCCCGAGACAACAAACAAGCAGGAGUAUUUGAACCAACCAUAGUGAAAGUUAAGAGUUUGAAAUUUGCAACAGAAGCUGCAAUUACCAUUCUUCGAAUUGAUGAUCUUAUCAAAUUACACCCGGAAAGCAAAGAUGAUAAGCAUGGAGGUUAUGAAGAUGCCGUUCACUCGGGAGCCCUUGAUGACUGAUCUCAUUUCUCUUUUAUUUAUAACAAUGUUAGAUGCAGUUAUCUUGUAUCUUGAGUAUUACACAUUAAUAAAAAUAACAAGCUGUCAA